UUUGUUGCAACAAUUGCAGUUGCCACUGCCGCUGCUACUGUUGUUAUUGUUGUGGCUUUUUUACACCCUAUUUGCCGUGGACGGCAUGGAGGUGCUGCAUCAUUACACCAAUCCGGACUCGGAACGCAAGAACUUCAUAUGGAAUCCGUUUCCCGGCUUCUGUGGUCCCAAUGCCACAACUGUAAUCUGCGGCGGAGUUUGCCCCGAGACUUGCGCCUACAAAUCCCUCAACUGUUUGCCCCACUGUGGCGUACCCUGCAUUUGCCGCACCGGCUACGUCUUUAGUGAGAUCCUGCUGGAGUGCAUCCUGCGCAGCGAGUGCCCCACAGAUGUGCAACAGAAGCUGGUGCAGAUACAUCGCGUUUUCCAGUGAGAAACACAAUCAUAUGCACAUACAUUUAUCCGAAACUCACAACUAAUAUACCUAUAUCUGAAUAUAUGUAUAUCAUAGUUGGGGCAAGGGUCUAUCAUCUCUAGGAGCUCAGCUGUAAUUGGAGCUCUGUUAAAGCAGAGCUCAUUUUUUUAUAGUCAUUUGAGACAGUAAUUUUAGAGGGUAAAAUUAGAGAAUUCUAGAGUAGUUCUCAGGUAAUUUAUAAUAUUAUAUAAAUAAUAAUAUUUAUUAUUUGGAAACUUGAAUAAAUGUAUAAUCGAAAGUU